AGCCUUCGUCAAUCCCUCGUCGCUUCCUCUCCACCCGCGCGGAGACGCCAACUCCAAAACCCCAGCAAAUGGAGGGGGGAGCGCCCGCCAUCUCGCUGUUCCGCCCGCGCGCUGGCUCCCUCCUUGUCCUCGCCGCGGAUUCAAGUGCGGCCCGCAAGAGCUCCGGCACGCCUGGGAGGAGCAGGGUUUCGAGGCUCAGUCCGAACGGAGCAGGGAGGAGUGGGGUUUGGAAGCAUGGUAAUACGGAGGCUGCACCUCGCCGAUCAGGGAUCACCAGAGUUCCAAAGAUUGCUCCUGCGGUUUCUACUAAAAAAUCAGGGAGGAGUAAGGAUCCGGUUAUUAAUUUGGAGGUCUCUCAUCAUAGAGCGGUUGCAGCAGUUAGGUUGCUAAGAAUUGAGAAGGGGAAGGCAUUUGUAGACCUUUUGAAUGAGAAAGCAAAUGAUUCUGGAGAGAAUGAGAUGGGAUAUGUAGAAAGGACGCUAGGUUUCAGCACACGGUAUUUGGAGGACAGGGAUAUAAGACUGGUUACUGUCAUAGUUGCUGGAACUGUGCGUUGGAAGCGCUACCUUGAUUAUCUUAUCAUGUCUCUAUGUAGUGAGGAGAAGAUGUUCAGGGAGAUGGAGCCACUACUUCUGCAGAUAUUGCGAAUCGGUUUUUUUGAAAUUCUCAAGCUUGAUGUGCCAGCUUAUGCUGCUGUUGAUGAGAAUGUAAGGCUUGCUAAAGUAGCUUUAAGGCCUGGUGCCGGGAACAUGGUGAAUGCAAUUCUGCGUAAACUUGUAGUACUAAAGGAGUCAAACUCUCUUCCUCUUCCAAAGAUAGAAGGUGAUGAUCGUGCCCAAGCUCGUGCUCUUUCCAUAGUUUAUUCUCAUCCUGUUUGGAUGGUGAGAAGAUGGAUUCGGUUUCUUGGCAAAGACGAAGCUCUAAGAUUGAUGAAUUGGAAUAACAGUGAUCCUUUUUUCAGUCUAAGGGUGAAUACAUCAAAAGGCUAUACAAGGGCUGACCUUGUAAAACGAUUGGAAAGUUUGCAGGUUCAUUAUGAAGAGUCAAUUAUGGAUGAAUUUGUUCGCAUUCGGGAGGGGAUGCAAGCAGUCUUACAAGCUGGAUUAAUGAAAGAAGGCAUGUGUGCUGUGCAAGACGAGAGUGCAGGUCUUGUGGUGUCUGUGGUCGAUCCACAACCAGGGGAAACAAUUGUUGAUUGCUGUGCUGCACCUGGCGGAAAGACUCUGUUCAUGGCAUCACGGUUGUUGGGACAAGGGGAGAUAUGGGCUCUAGAUGUAAACAAAGGUCGCUUGAGAAUUCUCAUGAACGCAGCAAAGUUACACGGUCUCGAUGAUAUGAUCACUGACAUCCAUGCUGAUCUUCGACUAUAUGCUAAGGAAACCACUGCUAAAUAUGACAAAGUAUUGUUGGAUGCUCCGUGUUCUGGGCUGGGAGUCCUUUCCAAGAGAGCGGACUUGCGUUGGAAUAGACAGUUUGAAGAUUUGGAAGAGUUGACGUGUUUACAAGAUGAGCUUCUUGAUUCAGCGUCAAUGUUGGUAAAGCCUGGUGGUAUACUAAUCUACAGUACUUGUUCGAUUGAUCCAGAAGAAAACGAGAAGAGGAUUACUGCUUUUAUUCAGAGGCAUCCGGAAUUUUCUCCACAGAGUGUACGUGGAUAUGUUCCUACAGAAUUUGUCACAGAUGAAGGUUUCUAUUCCUCAAGUCCAACUAACCACUCUAUGGAUGGGGCAUUUGCUGCUCGUCUUGUCCGGUCAAUGCACUAGAAAUCCCACAAGGCCACAACUAGUACCCAUUAAGGAACACGCUGCUUUGCUUUCACAAAAAAGAGGAAACAUGGUCAAAUUCCUUGAGUCAUAUUGCUUCAGCAGGCAGAUUAGUUGCAGCAUGGACAAGAAUGCUGAGGUUGCCCUGACAGAGUUUUGGUGAUGAGUACCAUAGUAAUGUAUGUCGCAAUCAAAGGUACCUGGAACUACAUCUGCCUGAAUGACCUGCACCUGUGCGUGUCUAUAUUAGUUAGUUCCUAAUGUAGAAUGACUUCGACGCUUUUGUCCAAUACUGCAAACGGUUGCAGUUAGCGGUGACAAGAAUUUUCCAGAUGGAUGCUCACAUCCAAAUGUAGCAUGAAGUAAAUAAAUUUAGUUAAAUCUGGUAUUCUAAAAAAAGUUUAGUGUAGUGCAUUAUUUCAUACAAUAGGCACUACUAGACAAGUGUCACCAUCACUGCUGUGGGUAAAGCGAAGGAUUAUUAUCAGCAUGGAAUUAUAUGUAUAGUUCCUUAUCUGUGGUGAUAAAGUAGAAACUUUUUUCUUCUGUAUUUGGGUUGUAUAAUUGCUGCCAGUGAAUGUUAACGAGAUAAUUGGCCUGGCCUUAUGGGCAUCUUUCAAGUGAAUGGUGAUUUUAUGCAACUAAUAAU